AUGUCAAUUUUGGAGGACAUUCAAGGAAAGUCUCCGACAGAUUUAAAGGCGAAAUAUAAAAAACUAUUGACAUACGAUAAGAUAAACAAACAAUAUUCAAUUUCCAACGUGAAUACAGUUGAAUCAUAUACUUUUGAUAACGUACUUAAAAGAUGGGUUCCUAAUGCAAUUGAGAACGAGGAGCGUAAAGAAGCUGAAAAAGUUGAAAAUAAGAAUGGGACGGAUAUCUCCAAAAUAGUAGAUGGAAAACGUAAAGUGGAGGAAGAUGAGGAAACAGAGAAGUCAGAGCUGAAACGUAUGCGACGGGAAAGGAGGUUUGAGUUAAAAAAACAGAAACAAGAAGAACGUGAGAGAGCAAGAAAGCAAAAUAAAUGUGUGUAUGUUACAGGCUUACCCUCUGAUGCGACAGCUGAGGAAAUACAAAAGACAUUUGAAAGAUGUGGGUUAAUUGAUAAGGAUUUGAAAACAGGUGAGCGAAAAAUAAAACUAUAUAAAGAUGCUGACGGGUCGAAUAAAGGAGAUGGUCUUAUACAAUACUACAAAGCAGAGAGUUGUGAUUUGGCAAUAGAAAUGCUGAAUGGGACCCCAUUACGGCCAUCUGAGAGUAAUAAAUCAGACAAACUCACUGUAAGCAAGGCAAUAUUUGAAGGCAAGAAAGAAAGCAAACCAAAGGACACAAAAAAGGAAAAAACGCAUACACCCAUUAGGUUCAAAGAAAAGAAGAAGAUGGAACGAACCCGUAAGGAAUUGGAUGCGAAACUUGCAGAUUGGUCGGAUUCAGAGAAUGAAGAUAGUACUGAAAAAAGGAUGACCGAGACUGAAAGGCAGAGCGUAGUGAUACUAAAGCCAUGCUUUACGCUUAAGCUUUUAAAUGAUGACCCUGAAGCUGCCAAAUUUAUUCAACAAGAUAUAAAGCAGGGUUGUGAGGAAUUAGGAAAAGUUUCUUGGGUCAGAUUAUAUGAUGGAGAAUCAGAUGGAGUAGUUGCAGUUAAGUUCGAGUCGUAUCUUGGGGCGAACUCGUGCUUACAGAAAAUGAAUGGAAGGUAUUAUGGCGGACAUAAACUUGAAGCCGUGAAGUGGGAUGGGGUUCAAGAAUAUAAAAGCAGAUAA